AUGCAUCUCUCCAACUUUCUGGUUACUCUCGCCGCCCUGGCCCCCCUGGCCAGCGCCACGGGCAAAGCCAUCGUCAAAAACAACUGCAAAGACCCCGUAUAUCUCUGGUCCGUCGGCGGAUCCGUGGGCCCCAAACAAACCAUCAAGCCGGGCGAAAGCUACAGCGAAGUCUUCCGCCGCGAUCCAGCCUCGGGAGGCAUAUCGUUGAAGAUCACCACGGGAGAAAACGGUCUCUACGACGGUAGUCCCCAGAUGAACUUCGCGUACACCCUGGAUGGGAACAGGGUGUGGUAUGACCUGUCUGAUGUCUUCGGGGACCCGUUCGCAGGUACCACGGCGUCUGUAAAGCCGUCAGAUGGUAGUUGUCGGUCGAUCUGUUGGGCAAAUGGUGUUUCACCCGGUGGGAGUCAGGUUAAGGAUUGUCAGGCGAAUUCGGAUGAGACGCUGACGCUUUGUGCGAACGGGUGUUAG